AUGAGGCCUCGACGUGGCAACCCCGUGGAAGCGGCAAAAGCCGGACGCCUCGACUCCAACGCCCGAAGACGUGCGGCCAGCUCCCCCUUUCGGAGAAUAAAGUCAAAGUGCGGUAACUUUUCGACCCCCGCUGCCGCCAAAAUCAAAAUCAGAGCCCUCGGCCCCCGACUCUACGCCUUCCCGAGAUCGCUCUUGCACGGUCACCCCACCUGCAUGGUGCUCCUCGGCCCCCGGCUCUACGCCUUCCCGAGAUCGCUCUUGCACGGUCACCCCGCCUGCAUGGCGCUCCUCGGCCCCCCGGCUCUACGCCUUCCCGAGAUCGCUCUUGCACGGUCACCCCGCUUGCAUGGCGCUCCUCGGCCCCCGGCUCUACGCCUUCCCGAGAUCGCUCUUGCACGGUCACCCCGCCUGCAUGGCGCUCCUCGGCCCCCGGCUCUACGCCUUCCCGAGAUCGCUCUUGCACGGUCACCUCGCCUGCAUGGCGCUCCUCGGCCCCCGGCUCUACGCCUGCCCGAGAUCGCCUCUGCACGGUCACCCCGCCUGCAUGGUGCUCCUCGGCUCUCGCUUCCAUCACCUCCUGAGACCGCACCCGAGCAUUCAUCCCGCCUGCACCACGCCCCUCGGUCCUCAUCGGCCCCAUUACCCUCAACUCCAGCCCUGCUCGGCCUCCCGUUCAAACGGCGUGUCUCGACCUGGCGCCGCUCGGGCCUGCCUAAGGGACGCACUUGA